UAAGUUGACGCAUGUUGACGCGAGUUAUCGGUAGUUUAUUAGAAAUCCCGUAUAUCGUCCGCCGUCUAGUCUUCCGGUGUUUUGACUUUUGAUCCAGCUAAUAAUAGGCCUAGUUCAUGAAACCUGUUUGAUUUAAGUUUCUGGUUUUGCCAUGAUAACAAAUAUAACAGUAUUAUCAGAUGUCAAGUGAUAUUCCAAGAUAGUUGACGUUGAAUUUCGAGUUGAGAUCUGGACUUCUUCACCAUGCAGAAUUUAGUAAACAGCGUGAAGGGAACUGCACUGAAUGUUGCCGAGUUUUUGACCCCAGUGCUCAAGGAAUCAAAAUUUCGGGAGACGGGAGUAAUAACUCCAGAGGAGUUUCUGUGUGCUGGAGAUCACAUGGUACAUAGUUGCCCAACAUGGCAGUGGGCUGCAGGAGACCCUACCAAAAGCAAAGCAUACCUUCCUAAGGAUAAACAGUACCUGGUUACUAAGAAUGUGCCAUGUCAUAAACGCUGUAAGCAGAUGGAGUAUCAAGACGAGAAUGAAGCCAUUAUUCACGAGGAGGAUGGGGAUGGAGGAUGGGUAGAUACGCAUCACUACGCCGACCAGUCAGUGAUGGCGCAGUCAGAAAAAUCUGAGUUAAUGGACUCUAAGGAGAAGUCAAGCACCAAACAGGCAAGCAGUGAAGAGGCUGGGAAUGAUGAGAAAGAUGAUGAAGAUGACGAUGAAGAAGCUGAAGACAUGGAAGCCUAUGAAGAAAGUGGAAUGCUUGAAGCUGAAGACAGUGCAACAUUGGAUACAGCUAAGCUGCAAAGGGAAGAAGGAGGUUCAGGUGGUGCUAGUAGCGGAGAUAGCGGUAUACUCCAGACGCGUACAUACGACUUGAAUAUCACCUACGAUAAAUAUUACCAAACACCGAGGCUGUGGCUCUAUGGAUACGAUGAGAAUCGGAAACCAUUGACUGUUGAACAGAUGUAUGAAGACAUAAGUCAAGAUCAUGUGAAGAAGACAGUCACUGUGGAGUCCCAUCCUCAUCUACCACAGACAAUGUGCUCAGUCCACCCAUGCAGGCAUGCUGAUGUGAUGAAGAAGAUCAUCCAUACUGUUGCAGAUGGGGGAGGAGAACUUGGUGUGCACUUAUAUCUUUUAAUCUUCCUGAAGUUUGUGCAAGCUGUGAUUCCGACCAUCGAAUAUGACUACACCCGUCACUUCACCAUGUGAUAAGCAAAAUUAACUUCUUCCUGAGCCCACUGUCCUAGAACUGUUUAAAGGCACUGUACACUAUAUUGGUAAUUACUCAAAAUAAUUGCUAGCAUAAAAACUUAUUUGGUAACG